AUGUUAACUUGGUUCUUACGUUUUCUUAUAUUUAUCAUCGUUUGUCUAUGUAUUGCUCAUUCCUAUCCAUCACCAAUGAGCAACCAAAAUUGGUUAGCAGAACGCAUCGGGCAUUAUCCUAAUGGUGUUUAUGAAAUCCCAUCUGAUAGUGACGAAAAUGAUCCUACUGUGAAUAAUCGCAUGCCAACAUGGUUAUUUCGCAGUCGCAAAUUUUGUUGUGCACCUCCAUUGUAA